AUGGGUUUCAGUGAUCACUUUAUUUCGGGCUGCAUCUCUUCUGUCCAUUACUCCAUUCUUGUUAAUGGAGCUGUUCGCUGCCAAGUAAAUCUAACUAGAGGUAUCCGGCAAGGUGACCCUUUCUCUCUGGCUCUUUUUGUCCUAUGCUCCCAAGCUCUGAGUAAUAUCCUAAAUUCUGCAGCGGGUAAUAAUGGGAUCCAAGGAAUUAAAGUGAAAAGAAGAGCUCCUCCACUUAGCCACCUUCUCUUCGCAGAUGAUUGUCUCUUAUUCUCUGAGGUCAAACUGAAUGAGCUUCAAAACCUGAAGGAUUACGUGAAUCUUUACUGCAGAGCGAGUGGUCAAUGCAUUAAUAUGGCGAAGUCAAGUAUGUGCUUUAGCCCUAAUACAGCCUCGAGGAUUAAAAGAUGGUUCUCAAUAAUUUUUAAAAUCCCGUAUGGUGAUGGACCCUCUAAAUAUCUUGGUCUUCCCUCGGAGAUAGGUGUGAACAAGGUGGAUCUCUUCCAUUCUAUCAAUGACAAGGCUUCGGCUAAAAUGCAUGGAUGGUCUAAAGCCCUUCUCUCAUAUGUGGGGCAUGAGACCCUUAUUAAAUCAAUGAUCCAACCUUCACAAAACUAUGUGGCCAACCAUUUCAAACUUCCUCAAGCUCUCCAUAAUCGGAGCAGAAAGGAUAUAGCCCACUUCUUCUGGGGAAGUUCAGAGGAAUCUAGGAAGGUUCACUGGUUGUCUUGGUCUAAGUUGAGCCAAUCUAAGGAAAAUGGUGGUUUGGGUUUGAGAGAUCCAGCCACUCAUAAUAAAGCUCUAUUAUCCAAGGUGGCUUGA